AUGUUCAUAAUUGUCUCGGUUUACAUCGUCAUCUGGGUCUACUCAAGCAAAAUGGUCAUGAACCAGACUACGAAACGACAAUACAACGCCCUCAUCACUGGUCUCUCCAUCGCACUGGGUUUGGCAGUGGCUAGCAGUCUCAACCACAUGGUGGCUGAACUACGGUGGUGGAUCUUGAGUCGCCGAUACAGGUCAAAGCGCAAAGUCGAGCUGAUUCUGCAGGCUGAUAACUUGAAGCAUACCAUCAUGCUGGCAGCCAGGUCGAAGCGUUGGUCAAUUCAUCUCGCAGCGUUGGGUUGGCUCAUAUUGACGAUCGGCUCCCAAGUUGGUCUCGCUGCUAUUGGUCUGUGCUACGCCACCGAUACUGCCGACAAAAGGGCUUUGCUGGUCCACGGAAAUGUGUCAAUCGCAAAUAUGGACACAAUCGAAACGUCCAAAAUUGUGAAGUCGAAUUCCAAGGCCCUCGGCGCCCAGCAGUAUGCCGCAAAUAGUUACGGCACAAUCUCCUUGGCUUAUGACACAGCCACAGUGGAAGAGGCUCCGUUGGCUCGAGCCAUCAUUGUGCCGAGUGAUCCUUUGAUGUUUUGCUCGGAAAGUCUUUGCAAAUAUGUAUUUUACGAGACAUCGCAGGCGUCCAUUACAAAUGAAAAUAGCAACCCCGUAACCAUCGCCACAGACCGCAGCAUCAACUCUACCUCCAAAUGCACAGCGUGGCCUGUAACGAGUGGUGGAAACGGGACGAGUCCGAAUAUUACUGUCGCUCUCGAGAACAACGGUCGGUAUAACAUCAAUAUCCCGGUACAAGGUGGCACCGACCAGACGACUUUCAUGACCAACAGCGAGUACGAGUGUGGUGAAGGAUGCGCCACGGUUGCUGCCUUCGAGGCCUCAGAUACCUCAUCGUGGUACUAUGCUUGCAACAUAACGGUUGGGCAAGUCGCGAACGCCACGAUUCCGGAACACCAAGUCGGUUCGAACCUGACGGCUAUGGCUGCUGCCGCCAUUGCUCUUCAAGGAUACGCCGCCUCGUCCUUGACCAACAGCACCAGUUUCCAGUAUCAGAUCUAUCCUGCCGAAUCGGUUUUCGGAACGCCAAUGAAUGGCACAACAGAUAUGCUGGAAGCAAUGUUGUCAAGAUUUGCGAUUGGAGUUAUAGCUGUCGCAGCAGAGAGUAAUACGCAUUACGUUGUGGAAGGAACCAUGCCCUUGAAAGGCACCAAGCUCAACGUCUCGCACUGGAACUUCAUACAUAUGAUUUUGGUACUCACAGCAACGCUUCAGCUGGCACUCGGUAUUGCGGCUGCGCUGGUUGCUAACCGGGUUGUGGUGCCUGAUGGCGGCGCUGUUGAGAUGGCUCGGGUGAUGAGGACAAUGGCGAUUCGAGGCCAGACGGCGAACAGUGACCCUGGCGAAAAAGGUUCGACUCGAGGACCCAAAGUCACUUCGUUAUGGAUAUAUAGGGACCACUUGGUCUCGAAAGACGGACUGUACGAUCUGCAUAUGGAGGAGCAACGGUUUCACGCUAGGAACGAGGACGGGAUGAUCGAGAUGAACCAUCAACGGCCGAACACGAGUCAUACCAGUCGUGCGUCAACACCGACAAAAGCAUAG